AUGAAACAAGACAAUCUGUCCGUGGUCCUUGCCGAGCGGCCAACCGGUGCCAUUAUUCCCGGCCAGACUUUUCACCAAAAGACUACGCCUAUACCGUCGCCGGCCGAUCUGCAAGAUGGCCAAAUUCUGGUCGAGACGGUCUAUCUGUCCCUGGACCCCGCCAUGCGCGGGUGGUUAAACGACGUCCGCUCCUACCUCCCGCCCGUGAAGCUCGGCGCGGUCAUGCGAGGAGCCACGGCAGCCCGCGUUCUCGCUUCCAAGAGCAAGCAGGCAGCCCCGGGAGACUACGUGAGCGCCAUGUCCGGGUGGACGGAAUACGCCAUCCUCGACGAGGGCCAGUUUGAGCCGGCGUCGUCGUUCCCCGGCCUCAACGCCAACGAACCCCAGGACAUCCUCUCUGUCCUGGGGCUCACCGGCGCGACCGCCUGGUGGGGAAUGACGCAGAUCGGCGACCCGAAGCCCGGCGAGCUCGUCGUCGUCUCCGGCGCCGCGGGCGCGACGGGCAGCGUUGCCGGCCAGAUUGCCAAGAUCAAGGGCGCAACCGUUGUCGGCAUCUGCGGCUCCGACACCAAGUGCAGCUGGCUUGUCAAUGAGCUCGGGUUCGACGUUGCGCUCAACUACAAGGCGUCUGAUUUCAGGGACCAGUUCAAGGCCGCCACCAAGAGCUACAUUGACGUGUAUUUCGACAAUGUGGGCGGCGACAUUCUCGACAUGUGUCUGGCGCGGGCCAAGGAGCACUCGCGGUUUGUCAUGUGUGGAGGAAUCAGCCAGUACAACUCGGCCAACCCUGUCGGCCCCAAGAACAUUGCCAGGGUGAUUACCAUGAGAAUCAGGAUGCAGGGCUUUAUAGUGUUUGACCACCGGGACCGCAUCCCCGAGAUCCGGAGAGAGCUGUCGCAAUGGCUGGCCGAGGGAAAGUUGAAGAAGACGGAGACAAUCGUCAAGGGCGGACUGGCCGUCGCGGAGCAGGCCUUGGUGGACUUGUACAAUGGUUCGAACCAGGGCAAGUUGCUGGUGGAAGUGAAGAGCCCGUCGGCACCUGCAUUGAAGUUGUAA